UGUCUUAUUCCUUUUGUCCGCAUAGCACUGAUCAUUCUUAAAGUUCAUUCCUAAUUUUAAAAGCUCACAUUAAUAUCUAUACCCCAUGUACAUGUAUAUCAUUUUAUAUUUAUAUUAAAUAAAAAUGUAGUGUUUGUUCCAAUUGAUUGGGCAGCAGUUCCGAUUGAAUAAAUGUGGGUAAUGCAAGUAAAUAAAGAAGCCUGCAUUAAGUGAUAUCUCCGGCGACUGCGCCCACUAUAUCAUUAUGUGAUUAGUUCAAUUUGUGAAAUAAGAAGCUGGAGAAGAUGUCUGGGGAGGGCGAGCGGGCAUCGCGUCCUAAUUCUUUACUACUUGAAGCCCCGGCACCUGAAAGGGAACCUCUGCAUUUUAAUGUAAAUCUAGUUGGAGCUCCUCCUGAGGUAGAACAACUUGUAAAUAACAUAAAACAAGUUGCAGAGGAUUUUCUGUAUCAUUGGAAAACAUUUCCUAUUGUUUUGCCUCAAUCUCGAUUCACUGGGCCAGGAAAUCAUCCUUCAGACAUUAUAGUAGCACCACCAUGUGAUGAGAUAGAUGCAGCGGCUCUGGAUGCUGGGAUUGAGCCGCAUCCCCUAUCACCAAAGCAGCUACAUUCAAUUAGAGAGAGAGGUGAGUUCGAGGUGCCGUCCCGACAUUUCCCGGGUCAGACCCACGUAUGGCGAGUAGCUGGAUGGCUCCAACGUGGCAGGAUCCGCGCGAGGGAGGAGCUGUAUCGCCAUAUUGCAAGGGCUGUGGCACUGAUCGUGGUGGUGGCUAGAGAUAGGCUUUUAAGGGAUGAAGCGAUCUCGGUCGUAGCUGGCGCGAAAGCCUUUCUCGAUGGCCUGCACAGGCUUUUAGAUUUAGCUUUUGGUAUGCCGUCUUUGGAAGCCAGAGAUCUAGACAAGAAAAUACGAGAAGAGCGUUCGAGAUAUUUAGUCGCUGAACUUAUAUGCAAGCCAGAAAACCGUGAAGAUGUAUCGGCGCUAGCGGCGUGGGUGACGCGUGCGAUGCGUCGUGCGGCGUCCGAAAAGAGCGACGCACGAGACGUACACCGCGCCGCUCCACGCGUUCCGCACGUUUACACUACGCCGCAGCGUACACAAGUGGAUUUAAGACUGUACAGACGAGAACUACUACGCAAAGCCGCUGGGUCUCUUCAGGCGAUAUUAGAGCGAGAAUCGCGGGGCUGGUUCCUUCACUUUCGCGAAAAGAAAGCGGCUCAUCUUGCGAGCCAGAAGGUGCCUAUUAAGGACAUUGAAGAGGAAGUAUCAACGGCCGCGAUGCGCGAGUACGUAUCGCGAGUGUGCGCGGGCGUCAUGUCGUGUACGCAACUGGCGUCUCUGGGCCCGAACGUUCCCGAACUGCUCGCCGAACAAUUACGAGCGGCCGCUGCCAUCAAUAGGGCUCAAGAAGGGGUUCGCCGUAAAUUAGAAGCUGGUCUAGCAACAGCCGAGGCUAGACUUCGUGCUUCCCAUCCAAUACUGUCCCGGGCGGACGCCUGGCGUAAAGAGAGAUUGGCCCUUGCUGCUCAGCGGUUGAAGGACGAAUUGAGAUGGACCGGUAUGGAGGAUGCGGCAGCAGCCAUGCAAGCCCAUAAAUUGCACCAACAUAGAUAUUUUUUGCUCCGCGAUCUGACUUUUAUGAGGGAUCGGGAACCUCUUCUUUUAAAGGAACUCCGGGCAGCGAAAACUCCUACCCGCGAGUUUUCUUGGGCUACCCGUAUCUGGUUGCCGCACAAUUGGGCUGUGAUACGUCACUUCCGUGGGCGAUCGGAAAGGAUACCGACGGUUAUCAGUAGCCGCGCUACUAAUAUUGUAACGCCGCGGUCGGAUCCGUCCCAACCGGUGUUUCUCGCUGAUCGGGAAAAGGUCCGGUCGACGAGCACCAGGUGGCCGGGGUGGAGGCUACUCAAUUUCGCCCAUAGAACUUGGUGCUGGACCUGGAACAUAAUGUUCCUCUUCGGUGUAAUGGUUCCUUGGUGCUCGCCGCUCUCGCUACGAACACUGCUCUGUGUCAAACCGUUUGUUCCGGACUUGGAGUUAUCACAGGUGAACGGAACAUUGUUCCCGAAACGCAGUAGCGAGACUCAGACGAUGUGGUCUCGUCUGCUGCAGCUGUGGCGACAUGUCUCCAAGGAACGGACCAGGUUCGAGACGGAGCCUGAUACGGGUCUUCUGGGCAAGGGUCUAUCCAGACAAGCGAACCGUGUAUGGAACUAUGGUAUUGUGGGUGGAAUGGGCUCGCUCGCUCUACUCCUUUUGUUUCCAAUCGCGGCGUUGCUAGCAAGUCUGAUUGCGCUGGCAAUCGCAACGACCGUACCAUUUUGGAUGCCUUUUGCCGCGUUGACUGUUCACGCGGCGAAUGCCCUGAUAUAUGAGAUCGACUCGCCUGAUCCGCAUGGACUUAAUAGAUGGUUUGUGCUCUUCGAAGUAGUGUUAUGGCGUAUUGCGAUAUUGGGAUUGUUGCAGCCGGUUCUAGCUGUUAUGGUCGCAGUACUGUUGUGCCCCAUUGCUGCCUUUAUACUGCUCAUUGGUGGGGUGGGAUGGUGGAGUAUCCGCGGUGUAUGGGAACGCGCUUCCUGGCAUUGGGUCAUCGUGAGAGGGGCGCGAGUGCCUGCUCACGACUCUGCCUUUUGUACGCGAGUCGCUGGACCUGGAUUUCAUGCGCCUGCUUCUUAUCAGAUCACCGCCGCACAAGCCCUAGCGGCGGUAUGCGCACGCGCAGAAUGCGAACAACUGAACGCUUGGAGUUCUCAAUUGGAAGCCGCGGUUGAACGACCGUUGAGGGACUACCGUCAUUUCGUUGACGCCUGUUUUGGACCAUUUUCCGUUCAAAUUGCUAAGACAGGAGCCUACAAGCAGUUGGAGAAGGAAUGUAGCGAGCUGGUGGCUUCGGGUCGUGAGAAGUUGGCAGCUCGACGCCGGGAUCUCGCCCUUGGACUAAGCGACGCUGCGAGGGCGAGGGUCAGGAUGCCUGCGCAGGAGUUGAGGAAAGCGAUACACGCGUCAGCCCUAGAGUUGGCCCGAAUGUUUGGCCACGCGGCCCGCAGUGAAGAGUGGUGGACCGCGAGGGGCCUGGAACCAGGCGAUUGGCACGCCUUGGCCGCUAAUACGCUCGUCGAGGUGUUCGAUGCGGAAAUCCUAGUUGCCCUAGAAGAGGGCGAGGCGCGCCUGUCCCUAGACGCAGGGCCGGGCGUGAACACGUGGGCAGGUCGCUGUGCCAGGGACCACGCCCCGCCUGACGUUCUCGCUGAGAGAGAUGAUUGGGGUAUUGCACCUGGAAUGUGGGGAGAAUGGGGUGGGUCAGCUCUUCCGAGAGUGCCGGCGCCAUCUUUGGAAGCGAGUGCGUUUAGCCCCCGCGCACCUCACAUGCCUCCAGUGCCACACCCUGCCACUGUAGCUUUAGUACUACAUAAUAGAGAGUCUGAUAACCCAGUGCCAUUGGAGACAGAACUUUGUGUGGAAAUACUUCGCGGGCUAGAAGACGCACCCGACUGCGACGAUAAAAGAGAGGGUGUAGAAAGAUACCGGGGUGGUGGGAGCGAGGCUAGCAGCGAGAGCAGUGGCUCCAUCUCGCCUGAUGAGGAACGGCUUCCAGACACGCCUGAAUCUGCGCUAUGCAGAAUAUCUCCAAGCGCAGAGCGCGCGGCGUGUCGAUGGACAUUGACGGGUCGAGGUGUUCGCCUGAGGGCGGACUUGGCUAGUCCCGAAGACGUCACGUUGGACACGGACCGACACGGUACGUCCGUCUGACACAUGUGACUUAUCACAUUGAAGGUAAUUAGCGAAAUGUGACUGAAACAACACGGAAGUCGGAAGUAAGAAUCUCGAGACUGUUAAUUGUCAACUGAAAUUAAAUUGAAAUUGUCAAUCCGUCAAAGCCUUAAAAAUCAAAUAGAUUAACUACUACUAAAAUAAUAGUCGACAAAAAACUACACAUAUUUUGUGAAAAUUCAAUUUUCUUGACUCCAAUAACUCGUUCGUACGUUAGUUCGUUCAUUUUACAAACGAAAUUGCUAAUAAUCCAAUUGUGUGGUUUUUUUGAUGUAUCUAUACUCCCUUACUUAUAAAUUUAGUUAAUGAACUGAACACAGUUUUGAUGAAAAAUUAAAAAGUUAUUGCUGCUAGGCGAAACCAUACAAGAAAACAGUAAAAAAAAGAAUCGACAUCUGUGCGAGAGUGCCAACCCUGAUUUAUAAUACACAAAUGAAUUAUAAUAUUAACAAAGACAACUAAUAAUCAAUAACCUUUGGUCAAAAAUUAUUUACAUUUAAAAAUACAAAUAUCUGUCUGUAUUUCAUAAGUUUGGAUAGGUUUAUGUAUUGUUUAAAAAUUGUUGAAAUGAAUUCUGUAUAUCUUCAAAAACUCAACCUAUCGAUUAAACUAUAUUUAACAUAAUAAAUAUUUAACAAUGACGUCAUAAAAACUAUUUACAUAAUUAAAGUAGCACCAUACAAACUGAUCCCUUCACACGACUAUUAAAAAUGUCCAUUAAUCGAUCGUGUACCUUGACCUUUUUCGUAUGGAUAUAGGCCCGCUCGGAUAUGUACGUUACAGAACGUACGUAUGGAACGCAUGUGUACGUACUGUUAGUAUGUGAUCUUUAUUGCUAAAGUUUAACUAAUAUGCUAGUUAUCAAUAUAUCAAUUAAAAAAUUACCAAGCGGCAGCAGAGGCAGUCGAUUUUCGAUCCUUAACAAAACAUCUCUGUUUUCUAAAUAUAUAUAUAUAACAUAUUAUAAGUUCCCGUGUACGUAAGGGGGCGGUCUAUUCGUUGCGCGCAACCGCCUGUUAGCUUAGGAGUAUUGACUGAAGCCUGGGGUCCUAGCGGUUGAAUCGAUGUUAAUUAUUUUAAAGGUUCUUUGAAUCGAGUUUAUAAGUAAGGGAAUUUUUGCUUAUAUAAUAAAAGUAAUGGACUCACAGUUAUAGAUUCGUUAUCAUUAAUAGUGAAUUCAAUAAAAACUCGAAAAUUUCAUUAGUUACUUUAAGUAACGUAAGCUACCCUCAAAAUUAAUAUUACGAGUGUAACGUGACCUUUUUAGCUUUCGUUUGUAUUUAUGGCGAACUAAAUGGUUUAAGAAUGAUCUUUGUAUGAUUAAGUAUAUGAUUCAUGAAAUUUGAAAAUUGUGUAAAUAAUUUAGAAGCUUAAAAUGGCUCAAUGUUAAAGAAUCUCGAUAUAACGUAAUAAAUUCUAAAUUUAGUAACGGCUUAAGCAUUUAUAGGUUAAGGUUUCGGAACGCUUAAAGCAGGAAUUGAUAGUGUUCGAUUUUUGAAUUUCUGACAUUGUAAACCGCUAAAAAUAUUUCACUGACAGUGCAAUUUUUUUUCCAGAGUUAUAAAUCGAUUAUGUGAUUAUUUUAAUGUAUCCCGCAAAAUCUAGUUUAAUUUUAUUUAAUUUUGAGUUAUCUAAAGUUAUUUUUUACGAUAUCAGAAAUUCAAUUGCAAAUAUACCUCACAAGUGCACUUGAACAAUACAACGAUGUGCACGCUUACAAUUAGAUUGUAUCGGACCGUAUUUCAAUAAUUAUAUUAUUCGACUCAUUAUUUUAAUUGUCUUAUUAAUAUGGGUUAAUAAUAAUAUAACAAUCUAGAAAAAAAAUCAGGUUACACAGUUGUAUUAACAUAUAUCCUUUUUGUUGAUUUUUAAUACGAUUACAAAUUGUCUAUGGUCCCUUACUAGAAGUCGUUAUAAGUAUAAUCCUAAUUAUAAGGUUGUGUUGAGUUGAGUGUGAAUAAUUAGAUAUUUUAUUUAGCUAAGUUAAUAUAAUUAUGACGCAGCUAUGUUUUAUCUAUUAUGUGUCUGCACAAAAGAUUUUGCAUAUAAUAACAAUCAAGUCCAUUUUUAAUGGUCCAGCUUUAGGUUUUGGCCAUAACAGAAAUUGGCAUAUGAAAUUUUGAGCAUUUAUUCAUUAUAAGUUACGAUUUGUAAUACAGUAGAUACGGGAUGCAUCAAAGAUCUGGUUAACCGGUAAUAUUUAAUGUUCUGGUCAGUUCGUUUUUAGUGUUCAUUCGUCGAC